UUUUACUAUCUGGCAACGCUAGAAGAACUGUUGAAAAGGCGCAUUUAGAGAGAAACGAGUGCAGUGUUUUGUGAACAGCUCUUAUAAGAAAUUAAGAAAAUGGUGCAUUUAAGUGUAUUAAAUAAAACAACACGAUUGCAAAGGAUGCUUAUGCCUUUAAGUGCUCACUGCUCCGUUGUGGCCUGCAGCGCUGAAGCCUCCACAUUGUUAACGCAGCGUCAUCGUGCAUAUUCGCAGUUAAAUCAGUGUAACAACCCUAAGUCGCUCACACACACCGCUGCUACACAUUUUUCUCACACAAUAACCACCGCCUCACUAUUUCACAUAAAUGUCGCACGCCUCAAGUCUACCUCAUCCACCAGCAGCUCGGAAUCCAUAAACAAAUUUCGCGAGCGUGAAGAGCAGAGGGAGCGCGAGUAUGAGGAGAAAAAAACGGCCGAAGAGGCGCAGGCAGAGGAUGAGGCUAAACGUGCUAAAAUAGAUGCCAUACGCACACAAAUUCUAGAAGCGGCCUUGCCACAUGUACCCGAACUGGGUUGGACACGUGAUGCCAUUGUGAAGGGCGCCGAAGAAGCUGGCUUCCCCAGCGUGGUGCAUGGCAUGUUCCCAGAUGGCGGCUAUGCGCUUGUAUCAUACUUCUAUGGCAAAUGCAACGAUGAAGUGGUACGCCGUUUGCAGGAGGAGACACAAAACUGCAAAUUGGCUGUUGGUGACCCCUUAGACUUCUUGGUGCGUGCUGUGCGCACCCGUCUAGAAAUGAUUGUGCCAUACAAGUCGCAAUGGUCACAAGCCCUGGCGCUGAUAGCAUUGCCACAGAAUGCCGCCACUUCGCUGGCUCAGGUUUUGACACUGGUCGAUGACAUCUGCUAUUAUGCUGGCGAUCGGUCCGUCGAUUUUGGCUGGUAUACACGUCGCAUUGGCUUGGCCACAAUUAUGAAAAUGACCGAACUGUUUAUGCUGCAGGACAGCUCAGCGGAUCACGCAAACACUUGGGAGUUCCUAAGAAAUCGUAUGGACGAGGCGGUACAAUUACAAUCGAUACUCUCCGAAACUGAGGGCAUGACACACAGUUUCACACGUUCGUUUAAUUCAGCUUUCAUAACAGCACGCAAUAUAUUGGGCGUCGACUACAGACGUAGGUAAAGUCUGCAUGCAAAACUAAGGAUUCCAAAUCUGCAGGCUGACAACAAAACAGAAGUUCAACGUAGGCAUAGCACAUGGAAAUAGCCAUAUAAUUUAGUUGUUAAACGAUUUGUUUAUAAAUGUUUUUUUUUUUUAUUAACAUCAAAGUCAUAAAACCAGUGAUAAACUGUUUUCUUCAUUAAUGUGAAAAGAAAUUUCUUUAAUUACUUAGCGUUUAAGUAUUAAAUUUAGAUAUAACAUUACUUAGCUUUUCGCUAAUGCGCUGAUACCAAAUUAGUUAUACAUAAAUUUAUUUAUUUUUAAGUAUCGUUCAGUUUUCCAUUUUUCUUUUUUUUUUUUUUGUUUAAGUGUUUGUAUGAUUUUUUCGAUGUGUGCUUGGGCGUGAAUUUCGCGAAAUUCACACCUCACUCUCUGGCAUAUGUUUAUUUACGAUCACUGCAAAAGCCAUGUUCGCCUUGCACAGACCAAGCAACAAAACUAACAAAAACGUUACCCACCUAGCAAUGUGUAAAUUACAUAGCCUAGAAGCUAAGUAGCACAACGCUUAUUGUUUACAUAUUGUUUCGAAUUAUUAAACUUCUACCGGCACAUACUAGAAAGCACGAAGAAGACAUGAAGAGACUAUGUGGAACUUACGUGCUUCAAUACUUCAAUAGAAUGUUAUGUAAUUAUGGAUUAUGGAUUUCAUAUUAUGUAUGUACAUAUGAUGUUAUUGAACACAAUUUUACAAAUUAUAAAAACAAUUAAAAAAAAUAAAACAUAAAACAAUGGAAACGGA